AUCUUAGUUGUAUUUUAUUUUGUGUCCAUAAUUUUUUAUCUGCACAAUAGAUCUAGAUCUUUUUGAUCAUAGAAUUUGUAGAAUAAUCACUUGGCUUAGACUAGAAGUUGGUUCAAUCUAUGUAGAUCUAUUAGUGGUUGAUUUUUAUACAGAAUUGUCUGACAAUGUUGCCAAAGCUAGGCCGGUCAUUACACAACGAGAUGUGUUAUUUAUUAUGCGCGUGGUCUCUUUCAUGUCUGGUAAAGUAUGGUGAUACAGGUGAUAGUGGACUACAGAUCCAUCAUAGUGGUACUUGGUUUUUAAUAACGAUUCCGAACGUAAGCUACCUACAGAGAAGCUCAUUCAUAAGCCUGUGUGUCACAUCAACAGUACAGCAAAUAACUAGAGUAGAUGUAUCCUUCGAUAGUAGACAGGUAGCUGUUACGUAUAUCGGGCAAAACAAUCUACAUACUGAAACUAUAAAUAUACUUGGGUAUAACGAAAAAAAUUACAUCCAAAGAGCGCCAGGGCUAAUGGAACCUUUUUUGAUCAAAAGCCAAAAUCCAAUAAUUGUAUCAGUCUUAGUGAUCGAUGAAGCUAAUCUAACCAGCACGGCAUCUUUUCAAGCGUUGCCUGUGCAGUCGUGGGGCAGAAGCUACAUCAUCGUUACGCUAAACCAGCAUGCUUUCCUUUUCAUAAUGACUAUAAAAGAUCAGCAGGCCUGGAUAGAACUGAAGUGCACUACCCCGUGCAAUCAUCCCUUCCACGGCUCUGUACAUCUCCAAAGUAUGAAGGCAGUUACAAUCUCUUUCUGUUUGGAAAGCUACACUGGCAAUCUUACUGGAACAAAAAUUGCCGCACUAAAUCCAAUAGGAGUUAUCGCUGGCAAUUGUUGGAGUGAAAUAGAAAAGUGCGAUUAUCCUACGCCUACUAUGAAAGAUAUGUCUUUAGAAAUGUUCCUGCCAACUGUAACUUUUGGCACAGAGUUCAUAACCUUUAGGAUCACCAGCGAGAUUAUUGAACAUGUAGUAGAGAACCUGAUCAUUUCUGUGACUGACAACACUCGUGUCGCCAUAAUAUCAGGGAGAUCGUUUGUCAGCGUCACUUUAGCAAAGGCUGGAGAUACGCAUUCCUUCUUCUUACAACGAAGCGACAGCCCAAGAAAAAUAACCAGCAGUCACCCCAUACAAUUCUUGCUUGUUUCAAGACCUAACUGCUCGGAUCCUUCUUUGAGAAGCGUGUUAGGUCUCGGCGGAGUGGCGCUCUCUCUGUUGAUUCCAACAAAUAUGUACUUCACUUUCUACGCUUGGAGCCUACCGAUUCAGGAAUGGAUGGCGGUGGUUGUCAUUAUUAAACAGAAAGGUAACAAUGUCGAAAUGUUGGAUGAAUCUCUCACCAAUCGGGAAUUUACUAACUGGCAAAUGGCAAACGAACCUUGGGAAGUUGGUGAACUCAGGAUCCACAAGCAAUAUCAAGCUUCAUCCAUAUCAAAAUUUGGUUGCUUUGUUUUCGGCAUUUCCAAUACGAUAACUUUCAUGCAUAUGUCUGGGUAUUCAUUGAAUGUUGAUUGCAACACCAGUCGACCACAGCCUUCUGAUAACAUCGACAAUGAUUGUGAUGGGUUGAUUGAUGAAGAAGUUGAAGAUGGCCGAGACAGUGAUCAUGAUUUUUUAGUGGACGAAGAUGUCAAGAGGAAAAUUAAUGGCCAGUGGAGCAAGUGGGAAGCCUGGCACUGUAACAAUGACACACAUCAGACAAGGGCGCGCUACUGCAACUCUCCUGAACCUGAGCAUGGUGGCGACAUGUGUCAAGGAACGUCUAAUGAAAGUAUAUUUUUCAACCUGUGUGGGACAAUAAGGACACCGAAACCUAAUUUCAGCGUUUGGAGUCAGUGGAGCGAGUGGGACUGUAGCAUACCUUGUAGUGAUGGAACUCAGCUCAUUCAACGAUUAAGACAGUGUGUCAAAGUGGACACAGCCUACGGUCAACAUUGUGCAGGGAGGAAGGGGGACAUACGACCUUGCUCUUUAUGUAAAGAAAACUCUGGUGGUGGUGUAUGUGCCUCCUUUCACUGGGGAGAGGCCUGUGAGAAAGAGUGCUACAAUUGCCAAGAUCCAUGCUCUAAGCAGGAAGGGAUUUGCUCAGGCUGCAAGGCUGGAUACAAAAAUUUCCUCAACGCCUGCGAAGAAGCCUGUGGUUGGAAUGAGUAUGGUGAGGAUUGCAAGUUCAGCUGUAUGGAGAAGUGUGGGGCGGAUUGUGGAGAGCGCAUGUUCGGAACCUGUUUAGCCUCUUUUAAUGCCUUGUAUAUUCUGAUGUUUUUAUUUCUAAUACUUACUUUAUUAACAAUGAUUCACGCCUUAAAAAAACACAAACAGACAGAGAUAGUGGAAGAACAGUCCACUUACGCAAAGUUCUCUAGUACAACAUCUGGGACUACUUCGAGUUUGACUGGUUUAAGCAAGUACAACCCAAUAAAGCCCAGCUCAACCGAAAUCGACCCAACACAAGGAAGGGAAACCGAACCCAACAAACCCGAACCCAACAAACCCGAAUCCAAUAAAGCCGAACACAAACAAGGCAAAUCCAGCAAAACGGAAUCCAAACAACGCAAAAUCCAGCAAAACGGAACCCAACCAACGCAAAUCUAUCAAAACGGAACCAAACCAAACCAAACCCAUCAAAGCGGAACGCAACUAACUCAACCCCAACAAAAUUGAACCCAUUCAAUGUAAGUUCCGAUCUCAAGCAAGGACAAACUUGUGAUAGUUAACAGACUAGUUAGUAGCAACAAAGGACUAUGACAAUAAACUGGAAGAUCUCCAUAGAAAACUUGUGAGAGAUUGCACGUUCAAUGGUGAAAAACUCAAACUUUAAGUUUAAAUAAACAUUACGGCAAUUACAGUUUUAAUUGAGAUGCUCACGACUCAAGUCUUAGAGAAGAAAUAGAUGCACAGCGAGCCAAUUAGUAGAGAGAAAGAGAAGAAGCUGUCACACCUUCACCUAUCCCUAAGGAUGUUGGACCGUUGGGGCACCACGCAUAAUUUGUCGACCAUCUUUCUCCAUUCGACUUGGAUAUAAUUUUUUUUUCAAUAUCAGGCUCGUCCAUUCUAUUAUGUUGUCCUCCCAUCGCUUUCUUGGUCUGCCUCUUCUUCUUUUCUCCUGGUACUGUUCCCUUAAGAUCCUGUAUUUUUUUUAUAAUAGUUAGCAGGUCAUAUUGGUGGUCCAAUUGGUGAAGUAACGCCUUGUCUCUAAUCUCUUCGUUUGUGAUGCGGUCCCUUAGAAAAAAUGUGAAUGAGAAACACACAAAGUGAAAGAGAGAUGAAGAAAAAAAAAGACAAAAGAGAAAUAGAGAGUGUGAAGAAAAAAAUAAAGGGGGAAAAAAGAUACAGACUGAUAUGGGUGACGAAGAAGUCUGUGAGACUGGGAAGUAAAAAGCCAACAACUCGUAACAAAUAUAAGGUUUAAGAAAUAGUGAGAGGGAAAGGUUAGAGGUCAGAAGAAAAAAAAGGGAACAGACAAUGAGAGAGAGAGACAGGGAGAGAGAGAGAGACAGGGAGAGAUCACGAAAAAUAAAAAAGAAUGAAAGGAUAGUGUGACACAUAGAUCUACAUUUUUUUUAAUAAUCUUAGGAAAAGAAGGCAUUCUGGCUGAGCGGUAAAGCGCUUGGCUUCCGAACCGAAGGUCCCCUGUUCGAAUCCUGGUGAAGACUGGGAUUUUUGUUUUCGGGAUCUUUAGGCGCCUCUGAGUCUACCCUGCUCUCAAGGGUACCUGACACUAGUUGGGGAUAAGUAAAGGCAGUUGGUCAUUGUGCUGGCCAUAACGCUGGCUAUAACACUUUUGUUAAUGGUGGGACACAGAAACGGAUGCUCCUAUAGAUCGCAAUGUCUGAAAGGGAAAAUUCACUUUUUGGAAAAGAUCAGUUCUAGAGUCUAAGGUAAAAAAAAAGAAUAUAUUUCACUUCUAUAUUUCAUUUAACAAAAAAUAACUAAAUAGUCCUAUUAUUCUCUCGUCAUUUUCCUAUGCUGAAAUUUGUGUGAAGUUAAAAUUGCAUGUUACUUAAAUAUAUUCCAAUCCAUAUUUUAAACUUGCUAUCGAUUCCAGGUGUGUAAAUACCAGAACUACUUAAUGACCUCUUUGUUGUAAAAAUUAAUU